AUGGAGGUUUAUGACUCAUUUUCCAAGGAAACUUUUAAUCUCAGAGCUAUGUUGAUGUGGACUAUCAGUGAUUAUCCUGGUUUGGGGACGUUGGCAGGCUGUAAAGUCAAAGGUAAACAAGCAUGUAAUGUUUGUGGCAAGGAUACACCUUUUAGGUGGCUGAAGUUUAGUAGAAAACAUGUCUACAUGUGCAAUAGAAGAAGACUCAGACCUGGCCAUCCUUACAGAUGCAGACAGAGUUGGUUUGAUAACACCUUAGAAGAAGGAACAGUACCGAGAAUUCAAUCAGGGGCUGAGAUAUUUGAGCAGCUGAAAGACUUUAGAAAUGAUUUUGGUCGACCUUUAGAUAAGAAAGGAAAAAGAAAGAGAUCUGGUUUGGUCGAUGGUGAAGAGCUUUCAGAAGAGGAAUGUGAUGAAGAAAGUGAUCGAUGGAGGUGGAAGAAGCGGUCUAUUUUCUUCGAUCUACCUUACUGGAAGGAUCUGCAUGUACGUCACAACAUCGAUGUAAUGCACGUUGAGAAGAACGUGUCUGAUGCCAUAUUGUCCCUCCUCAUGCAAAGUGCUAAAUCAAAAGAUGGCUUGAAGGCACACCAUGAUUUGGAAGAUAUUGGGAUUCAGAAAAACUUAGACGCGCAAGUACGUGGGAAGAGAAACUACUUACCACCUGCUGCUUAUUGGCUGUCGAAGACAGAGAAAAAGAAGUUCUGCAAGAGAUUGGCUGAGUUCAGAGGACCGGAUGGCUACUGUGCGAAUAUCUCCAACUGUGUUUCAGUUGUUCCUCCUACCGUUGGUGGCUUAAAGUCUCAUGAUCACCAUGUGUUGCUACAAAACCUGUUACCUGUGGCUCUGAGAGGAAUGCUGCCAACUGGGCCUCGGAUUGCAGUGAAUAGAAUAUGCAACUUCUUCAAUCAAUUAUGUCAGUGUGUGAUUGACCCGGAGAAGCUUGUAUCUUUGGAGAAUGAGGUUGUCGAGACAUUGUGCCAAUUGGAGAGGUUCUUUCCUCCAGCCUUGUUUGAUAUCAUGUUCCACCUUCCUCUUCAUCUUGCAAGGGAGGCACGUUUAGGUGGUCCGGUCCACUUUAGAUGGAUGUAUCCGUUUGAGAGGUAUAUGAAGACACUCAAAUCAUUUGUUAAAAACUAUGCUAGACCAGAAGUCUGUAUGGCUGAGGGAUACAUGGCAGGAGAAUGCAUGGCCUUCUGUUUGGAGUUUCUUAAGACCUCUGUAGCAGCAUGCGAAAAUGCAAACCGUAACGAAGAUCUUGAACCAUGUGACGACAUCCUUGAAGGUCGUCCAUUUCACAAGGCUAAAGCAGUUACACUAACUGAGAAAGAGCGGGAGAUAGCACAUCGAUAUGUUAUGAUGAACACAGAAAUGUUCACUCCAUAUGUUGAUAUGCACUUGGAGGAAUUACAAGAUAAACAUGUGCGGUGUAGAAGAAAUAAAACUUAUUUGUGGAAAAAUCAUGGGGAAAGGUUUACACAGUGGGUUAAAGAGAAGAUCCCAAGUAACUCAAAAGAUCAUUCGAAGAAGCUAAAGUGGCUAGCUUUUGGACCAAGAGCUGAAGCACAAACGUACAAGGGAUAUAUCGUUAAUGGGCAUCGAUUUCAUACUGAUGAUGUACAGAGAAAGACUCAGAACAGUGGAGUGUCUUAUGAAGCUUUCACCAUGUGUCGUUCCAGUGCUCGAGAUACUAAUCAGAAGGCAGACAUUGUUGCGUACUACGGAGUCAUACAAGAGAUAAUAUUGCUGGAUUAUCACAUGUUCCAGGUUCCACUCUUCAAGUGUAAGUGGGCCAACAAAGGGCAUGGUGUGACAGAAGAAGAGGGCUUUACGCUUGUGAACCUACAUGUAAAUCAGUCUGCAUUUCGCCAAGAUCCCUAUAUUAUGCUGUCUCAAGCAAAACAAGUGUUCUAUUCCAGAGAAGAUGAAUCAUCACCUUGGUAUGUUGUUAUGAAAGCGCCACCAAGGGGAUACCAUGAGUUGGAGACAGAAGCAGAGUUUGUUGCACCGGUAUCAUCGCUUCAGCACAGUGAAGAUUUGGAGAAUCAAUCUUCUGAUGAUGAGAGUUUCUGUGUUAGGGAUGACUGCGAAGGAAUCUACAUAAUGGAUUAG